CGACUUGCCAUACUGCCUCACCUUAACGCGCACCGGGCCGUGGCGCACGGCUCCAGCGCUGUCCUGGCUGUCGUCUGUGGCCGAGCUGGACCGGCGCCCGCCUUUCUCCGAGCACGUGUCCUUGUCGUCGCUGCUGCGGCGGUCGCGGGAGCUGGCCACCACGGAGCCGGCGACGUUCCGGAUGCCCCGAAGCCAGCUGCUAUGCCGCCGCCGCCGCCGAUGGCGCGUCGCUCCGUUGCUGGAGUCGGAGAUGGAGCGCUGGACGGGGGUGGACGAGCCGGAGCUCGCAACGUUCUCGCGCCGCAUGAGCUCCUGGACGAUAGGCGAGCGGCCGACGCAGAGGUCAACGAACUCCUCCAUGGUGAGCUGUCGGCCCGUGCCGACCUCGCGGAGCUCGGACCCCUCCUUGACCACGAACUCGCUGCCGUCGUCGAGGUUCCGGAUCAGACACCUCGGGUCGGCCUCCUCCUCCUCCUCCCCUUCGGGCGUGGCCUCGGAGGAGCCCGACGACCGCCCUCCCAGCGGCGGCUUGGUCGCCGAGGACGGCACGGCGCCGCCGUCUGAUCUGGAUCGGGAGAUGGGCAGCGAGGCCGGCGCCGGGCGGACGAGCACAAGCCCGUCGUCGUAG